CGCAAAAGUUUUACAAAUCAAAUUCCAGCGAAUAAAAAGAAAAAAAAAAUUAUUAAAAAAAAAAUAAAAAAACAAAAAAUUCCCUUAGUUUGAUUUUUGAAUCACGCAUUUUGCAUUUUGAUUUUCUGUUAGAGAGAGAGAGAGAGAGAGAGAGAGAGAGGGAAGUUUUCGGUGGGGAAUAUAGGAUGGGGGUUCCACAGACAAUGGAAGCCCUGAGAGAAAGAGCAGCGUCUAUGAGAGAGUCGCUGCAUAAGAGCCAGACCUUCACUGAUAGCAUGGUCGCCAUUCUCGGCUCCUUUGACCACCGUCUCUCUGCCCUUGAAACCGCCAUGCGUCCCACUCAAAUAAGAACGCAUUCGAUUAGAAAGGCGCAUGACAACAUUGAUAAGACACUGAAAGCUGCAGAGGUUAUAUUGACGCAAUUUGACCUCGCACGCAAGGCGGAGGCUAAAAUUCUAAGAGGGCCUCAUGAAGACCUCGAGAGCUAUCUGGAAGCAAUUGAUCAACUGAGAAGCAAUAUUCGCUUCUUUAACAGCAGGAAAGGUUUUAGGAGUAGUGACGGGGUGCUUAACCAUGCUAAUAACUUGCUUGCGAAAGCCAUCUCAAAGCUAGAGGAUGAGUUCAGACAGCUAUUAACAAAUUACAGUAAGCCUGUGGAACCCGAUCUCCUUUUAGACUGUCUUCCAAGUUCUCUACGGCCAUCAUCAGGAUCACCUAGGCAGAAAGGCGAUGCUAGUGGUACAGGCCAGUCUGGACCACAAAACAAAAACGUAGAAGCUGUUGUUUACACACCACCAACUCUUAUUCCACCGAGGGUUCUGCCAUUGCUCCAUCAUUUAGCCAAACAAAUGGUUCAGGCUGGACAUCAACAACAACUUCUUAGAACCUACAGGGAAAUUCGUGCUCCCGUUUUGGAACAGAGUCUUAGGAAACUGGGUGUGGAGAGGCUAAGUAAAGAUGAUGUCCAGAAAAUGCAAUGGGAGGUUUUGGAGGCAAAAAUUGGGAAUUGGAUACAUUACAUGCGGAUAGCUGUCAAACUGCUUUUUGUUGGGGAAAAGCAAGUCUGCGAUCGAAUUUUUGAUGAAGUCGAUUCUCUUAGGGAUCACUGUUUUGCUGAAGUUACUGUUAACAGUGUGUCUGCACUCCUCAGUUUUGGAGAGGCUAUUGCCAAAAGCAAGAGGUCUCCUGAAAAGUUAUUUGUGCUUUUGGACAUGUAUGAAAUUAUGAGAGAACUUCAGUCAGAGAUUGACACACUUUUUGGGAGUAAAUCUUGCCUUGAAAUGCGGGAAUCUGCACUCAAUUUGACAAGGAGGCUUGCCCAGACAGCUGAGGAAACCUUUGGGGAUUUUGAAGAAGCAGUUGAAAAAGAUGCCACAAAAACUGCUGUUCUUGAUGGAACUGUCCAUCCUUUAACAAGCUACGUGAUAAAUUAUGUAAAGUUUCUAUUUGACUAUCAAUCCACACUAAAGCAACUUUUUCAAGAGUUUGACAAUGGUGAUCCAGAAGCUCAGUUAGCUACUAUAACUACAAGGAUUAUGCAAGCUCUGCAGAAUAAUCUGGAUGGGAAAUCCAAGCAGUAUAAGGAUGCAGCACUGACUCAGUUGUUCCUCAUGAACAAUAUUCACUACAUAGUUAGAUCUGUUCGAAGGUCAGAAGCGAAGGAUUUGUUAGGAGAUGACUGGGUGCAGAUACACCGAAGGAUUGUUCAGCAGCAUGCAAAUCAGUAUAAGAGGGUCUCUUGGGCAAAGAUUCUGCAGUGUCUCACUGUUCAGAGCUCUAAUUCCGGUGGUGAUAGUGGACUUUCAAGAGCAAUGGUGAAAGAUCGUUUCAAGACCUUCAAUGUCCAAUUUGAGGAGCUCCAUCAAAGGCAAUCUCAGUGGACAGUUCCUGAUAGCGAGCUGCGAGAGUCUCUGAGGCUGGCUGUUGCCGAAGUUCUAUUGCCUGCUUACAGAUCAUUCCUCAAACGUUUUGGGCCUAUGAUUGAGAACGGGAAAAACCCUGGAAAGUACAUCAGAUACACUCCUGAGGAUCUUGAGCGUAUGUUAAGCGAGUUCUUUGAAGGUAAGACCUGGAAUGAACAAAAGCGGUAAAUAGUUAUGAGGACUUGUUUUGAACAACUAGGAAAUUGCAAUCGAUUGGUAUUUUUUUGUACAAUGAUGAGGUAAAAUAAUAGGCCAUUUUCACACGCCCUUCGACGAUGUUGUAUUAUAUUAUAUUAUAUUUUUACGAGUUCAUAUGUAACAUAUAGUAUCACUCGCCCCUAUUUACCAGGUAAUUCUUA